AUGACAUCUAUUUCAAUUUGUUUUGCUUACGAAAUUUUACAUCGCAGAAACGAAGAAAGCCCUAAGUUCGGUAUCGAGUGCAAAGAUGAAGUAUUCGCUGCACACCAAGUGCAGCAUGCGGAUCUAAAACCAGUUGUGACUCCAAUCGCAACUAGAAUAGCUACUUCGCCGAGCUGUGUAUCUGAACCGGCUAACGGCGCCAUUGUGGCUGCAAUACUCCCCGAGGAGGAGCGACCAAUACCUGUCACAGAGCUCAUAUUCGCACCAAGAGAGAAAGAAAUGAACAAAGGCUAUCUCACGUUCUCCCAAAACGAGGGAUUUACAAGUGAGUGGAACUUGAAACGCGACAGCUUAGUGCUAAAAGACGAGCCCGAGGAUCUGACACAUUUGGCUCCCACGGCUGGUGACACUUGUAUUCCUUUGGAAAACAGUCCUUUUGAUAUGUUUGACGAGUUUAUAUUGAACGACAAUUAUUGUAGUCUUCUCGGCGAUGACCUAGCAAAUGGAUCGCCCGUAGAUUCUUUGAUAGCAGACUCUUUGCUGUCAUCUCCUGAACGUCAGGAAAAUGAAUCAACCGGUGAACAGUCCUCGUUAUUAACGGAAUUAUCGUUAGAUGCGUAUGACAGCGCAAGGUCGGACAACGACAUUGACGAUGGCAACUCUCCGUUCAUUCCGAUCAAUGAUGACUUACCUAUUCUGGAACCGGCAGUCAUGUGGGGUGCUUUACCAGACAAUGUCAGACAGGCAAGACCCCAGCCAUCAGAGCCACAGACGUCUGCACCAGCGUUACAGCGUUUGCUGGUCGCUCCCCCUACCGGACCACCUCCACAAGAUCUCAUCACAAAUAUUUAUUCAGAUCCAGGUCUAAUACCAAAUAAGAGUAUAUCCUCAUGGGACACGGGUGUAAAGAGGGUUCUUAAACAAGAGGAGGAGCCCUGUGCGAAGCGUGUGAAGCGCAGCCCCUCUCCCGCCCCCUGCCCACCUCACAAUCAUCAUCAAGUGUCCUCAUGA